CCUUGUCUCUGCUUCUUCCUCCUCCACCUGCACCUCCUGGCUCUUCCUCGUCCCGCUUCUGGCGCCGCGGCAGCGCCCUUGGCCGCGGGGGCUGGCUGGGUGGCGUUGCGCCAGCCAUGGGCUUGCAGAGGAGAUUGUCGCUUUUGCUUGUUCUCCCCCUGGAAAUUUGUCUUCCUCUCCGAGUGCCCAUUUUUACAUUUGUUCCUUUGCUUUCCGCCUUCACUGAUUGUUGUAUCGGGCACAGAGUGGGACGUGGGGGGGUUCCGUCUGAACGCGAGCAAAAGCCUGUUCGCUGUGAGAGUGCUGAAGCCCUGGUCCAGGCUGCCCAGCGAGGUUGUGGAGUCUCUUCGGGAGAGGUUCCAAACGCAGCUGGCCAUUGUGAUCCUGGGCAGCCUGCUGGGGGUGACCCUGCUGUAGCACAGAAAUUGGGCUGGGUGACGUCCAGGGGCCCCUUACAGCCCACACCAUUGUGUGAUUCUGUGGUUUGUGCGAAAUGCAUCGGAAGACAAAAGCAAUUGCUUCUCUUUUUUUUAUUGUUUUGUUUUAAUGACGAGAUGUUUAUAGCAUUUGCUGAUGUCUCCAGUGACUUUUUGGCACCAAAGAAACGGAAGCUCCAAUUAAGCCCAGAGCAAUGUAGCAACUUCUAUGCAGACCAGUAUGGAAAAAUUUUUUUUCCUAACUUAACAGCUUAUAUGAGUUCUGGACCUUUAGUUGCUAUGGUUCUUGCCAGACAUUCUGCAGUCUCCUACUGGAAGGAAUUGCUUGGACCGUCAAACAGCUUAAGAGCUAGGAGAACUCACCCUCACAGCUUAAGAGCAAUCUAUGGGACCGAUGAGCUGAGAAAUGCACUUCACGGCAGUCUCAGCAUUUCCUCAGCAGAAAGAGAAAUUCGAUUCAUGUUUCCAGAAGUAAUCUUGGAGCCAAUUCCAGCUGGACAAAGAGCCAGAGAUUACUUGAACCUGUAUGUGAAGCCAACCUUACUGGCUGGGCUGACUGCACUAUGCAAAGAGAAGCCAGCAGAUCCCAUGAUUUGGCUGGCUAACUGGCUGAUUGAACACAACCCUAAUAAACCCAGGCUGCAAUAUCAGAUUACUGAAGAAGACCAUCAGGAGUGAGAGCUUGAUGGAAAUAAUGUCAAGCAUUCCAGGUUAUGAUAUAUGCUUUAAUUUUAGUGUAUCCUUUAGCUAUGUAAAUCAAUAAUAACUGAAGUAAAUGUAAUUGUCUUAACUACCUGUGUUUUUGUGGAACAAAUCAACUUAUGCCUAACCAAGGUUUGACAGUUCUGGUAGCUUUGCUAUUUUCAAAGUGAAUGGAGAACUACAUGAUGAAUUUAUGCUGCCAUCUGACUAGAAGAAGACAAACCUCCCAUCAGGGUAUGACUUAACUGGUGUUUGCCCUAUUUUUCUGCAUUUGGCUGUCUGGAGAGAAUUUGCAUUAGCAGAGAUGCCAUGCAGCUGACCUCUACCUUGUCAAACAGCUGUGUUUCAGCUUUUUUUUUCCGUCAGGCACACAUUCCAUUUUGAAGGGAGGUACUUGUGUGACUUAGAAAUCUGUUGCUGGAGGCAUAUUAGCACCUUCAGAAUUUUAACUGCUGCUUGCAUCACCGACCUAAGGUCACUCUUGAAGAUGGGUCACUUGAGCACUUGUCAAUGUAAUUUGAAGGAUUUAUUUGAAGUUAGAUUGGUGGUGAAAUGCACAGUGAUUCUAAAUCAGCCUUUGAUUUCCACUAGAAGUCUCAAGAAGGUGUAUUUCAGUCGGGGACUAAUGCUAUCUUCCAGCAUUUGUUUGAAAGGUGCUUAAUUGGAGCAGCUGAGCUGAAGGGUGUUGGUUUUUGCUCUCCUCUUCUUCAAAGGUAUGCUGAUUUCUGUUGUUUUCCUUGUAUCGUUGUUUACCCUUGAACUUUCCUGUGUUCUGUUUGAGAGUUUGAAGAGAAUGGGUUAGGGGCCAGCUGCUCCACAGGCAAUGGCUUAAAUCCACACCGCUACCUUUGCUAAAGUAACUGGAUUGGCUGGGGGGGGACACGGGGCUUUUACAUAGUGUUGAAAGAGCUGCUGUUGCGCUCAGGCUUUGUAUCUUAUGGUCUGAAUGGCUAGGAUGAAGAAAAACAACGUCAGUUUCACGACUCUGAAAUCUUGAUAUGCUUGACCAAUACUCACCAGCCCAGCAAUUUGAUGAUUUAAUGAAAAACCUUGCUCCCCUCAACCUCAGUAAUUACCAGAAACUGAAGUCAUUCAUCUCUAACAUUAAACUUUAAGCCAAUUGUUUAUCUUCUCAGUGGAAUAAACCACACUUGCUGGCCCAGAGAAUAAACAUUUAGAAAACUGGUUCCUACAGUACCAAAACCUAAAAAUCUUGGGACUCUUAAGAAAAGAAACAAAAAAAGAAACCCAAGCCCUCAAAUAUGAAGAAAAAAAAUCAGAUCUGCUUAUAACUAAUUUAUUUUGCCUAUAAUUAUUGUCUCCAUAUGUGUCUGAUUACUCCAAUUGCAGGACAGUUGUGCUUUGUGGUUUCCUGUCAGCUGAACCAAACAAUUUCUUUUUUGAAGAUGCCAGGAUCUAGAAGCUGGUGAAUUCAUAGGACAUUCUCCUGUAUUUUGUCAGUUACUGUGGCAUUUGCUUGCUGCUUUUGAUGCAAUGCUGCUUGACAAUAAAUAUCUCUUGUCUGCUA